CGUCUGUCACUGUCGGUACCCUGUUGUUGAGUUCCGACUCAAGUUAGUGUCAAACAUAAUUUCAAAAUAUAUGUUACAUUUUUAAACCAAACGUUCAUCAUUAAUUGUUUUAUGAGAUGUAAACUUUCCCUUUGAUACAUUGCCGGUACCAACAUUCUGCAUAGUUUCGCUACUUUAGGCUGUGGUUUAUACACCUGACCUGAAUCAUUAACUAGUCCAUAUUAAAAUGGAUGAAUUAAUUUGAUCGGACACUGUAUCAUAGGCUAAUUAUUUACGAAAUAAGAUUCUUCGUGUCGUGACAACUGUUUUCUUGGAAAGCUUCAGAACUAAGGAGAGUAUUUAAAGAAGUAUGGGAAUAUUCACGAGAGCCUAUACCGUUUCUAUGAAACUGAUCAUUUUGGUACUGGCAAUCACAUUUAUACCUGGUAUUCCUCCAGAUAUGGAGUUUGAGUCAUACAGUCUAUCGCCUCCCGUACCUUUAGAAGGGGCUCUUGCAUUGAAUGACCACUUAAAUAGUGCAGAAAAGUUAUUUAUGAAUGAAGUUAAAGGGCCAGAGCAUAUGGAAGUAUACAAUGGCACUUUAUACACAACAAUAGAAGGAGGCUAUGUUGUUAAAAUUGUUGGAGAAAAGAUUGUACCCGUGGUAAAAUUUGGACAAAAGUGUGAUGGUAUUCAUGAACCAGAGAUAUGUGGUCGACCUCUUGGGCUGAGUUUUGACGGAAACCAGAAUAUGUAUGUAGCUGAUGCCUAUUAUGGCAUAUUCAAAGUAAAUCUUUCUUCAGGUGAAUACGAACAGUUGGUUUCAAUGAAAACUUCAAUCGAUGGAAAGUUUCCUAAACUCCCUAACUCUUUAACUGUGGCCAAGGAUGGGGCAGUGUAUUGGUCUGACUCUUCAACGUCACAUUCUUUACACGAUGGUCUCUAUGCUGCACUGGGUAAUGGUAAUGGAAGGCUUAUAAAAUAUGAUCCAAAAACAAAAUCUAACACUGUGCUAGUUGACAAGCUUCAUUUUGCAAAUGGAGUUGCUCUCUCUCAAGACGAAUCAUUUAUAUUGGUAUCAGACCUGUUUCGAGGAAGAAUUUUAAGGCACUACUUAAAAGGUCCAAAAAAAGGUCAAACUGAUGUUUUUUUUUAUGGUCUACCAGGUUUGCCUGAUAAUAUGCAUUCAGACUUACAUGGACAUUUUAUUGUUACUUUACCAAUCGAAAAUGAUAUUGAAAAUCCAGCUAUAACUUCAAUUUUGGGACCUUAUCCUGUGCUACGCAAGUUUCUUGCAAGAUUUCUUUAUCUGAUGGAAAUGCCUUCACUUCUUAUGAAUGAAUACUAUCCUACAUAUUUAUCAAAAAUCUAUGCACACUGGGUUGGAAGUUUUGGGAUGAUUCCACUCAUCACAAAUAAAAGAACUACUGUGAUUGUUUUCAAUGAGAAAGGUGAUGCAAUUUCUUCUCUCCAUUCUACAGAUGGUAGGAUCAGUAGCAUUACUGACAUUGCUUCUCUGGAAGGGUAUUACUAUUUAGGAUCGUAUACUAAUCCUUACUUAGCUAGAGUUAAAAUGAGAGAAUGAUCAAUUUCUAAGUAUUACAGGUGAUGGUAAAUCUGAUUAAAAGGUUUCUUUUACAUUUUUGACAAGGUAUUUUUACAUUUUUAACUUAGGAGACCUUAAAAUAAUACUGAUUUUAUAGGUUUAGUAUACUUUUUAUUCACACUACAAUUACAAUGGUGUGUUGCCUCUUUUAUUUAGUGUGGUACAUUAAAGUGUCUUGUUUAUUAGGUUUUUUUACAUAUCCAUUUUAUAUUGUUGAUGAUGAAGGAUUAUUGAUUUUUCAUACAUUCCACUAAGUUUAAAUUUUAUAUUAGUGCGGCAGAUGUGAUAUCUCUUUUAGGCUACGGCCACACGGGCGUUUUUUCACGCGGUAAAAUGAAGCUUAUUUUCACGCUGCUUGAAUUCCCGCUGUUGUAUGCCACACGUGCGUUUUUUCACGCAGUAAAAUGUAGCUUAUUCUCACGCUAGUUGCCAGGAACGGGAAAAUGCACUCGGAACCCGCAGUUGAUUGACGAAUUCACGUAAUUAUGUUGUAUAUCUUCCUAAUGACCGAAAUAGUAACCUUGUUUCUGACUAGUGAACAAGAAAUAUGAAUGGUAUAUUAAUGUUGGUACAUUAACAUUAUUUUAUUUUGUUAACCUUUCAUUUAAUUAUUUACUUUUAGUAUAAAAAAUAAAUAUAAUACACAUAUUUUUAUGACAAGAUUUUCAUCAGAUCUUUGUAUAUUCUACUACAUAAAUGCCAUUUUACAUUUUUUAGUCCAACCUUUCCUUUUAGUAACAAAUUAUUAAGUGGUCCAGAAAGGUCGACCUAUGUUUAAGAUCCUACUGUGUAAUUGGCUAGACCCAAAAAUAUUUUACGCUAUCCUGGAAAAAAUGAGAUACAUUUAUCUUUAUUUUACUUGCUAGGACGACUUGAUCAAAGCUGCGUGUUGCUCCCGCCCGUGUGGCCAGGUACAGAGCGUGAAAACAAACUUAAAAAAUGCACCCCAGUCCAUUCUCUUCUGCGGGCCCGCGGCGGAUGAUUUUGCAGACGCGCCUUAUCUGCGUGAAAACACACUCCGUGUGGCAUACCUCAUUACAUUUUAAUGCUGCCCAUAUUUCUCGCGUUUUUUCACGCUGCGUUCUUGCGUGAAAAAACGCCCGUGUGGCCGGAGCCUAAGUGGGCAAUUUUUAUCAGCACACAUUUUUAACCGGACUGGAUCGGCAGGAAGUAGGCAGUACUGAAACAAAUUUUCUAGCAAGAAACUUUUGUGACCAAUGAUUAUGUGUCUAGUUUUACAAGUUUUAUGUAAUAAAAACUAUAGGCUUAUAUAGUAUGCAUUAGACGUUCCUAGGUUAACGAGUUUUAGGAGAUGUCAGUUUAACCCUAGAAUGCUCGCUAGGGGUAAAUUUUCUCCAGGCAUCUUUUAAAUGAGUCCUCCCCCUUAAGUUAAAAAAGAACAUGCUCACAAACAGCUAAAUAACCUAAUUUGAAACUUGUACAUAAUGUAAUGUAGUUUAUGAUUUUGUUUGUUGCAAUUAUUUCAGUCGACUAGUUUACUGAAUGACCUUAAAGUCUAAAUUUAUUUAGUGUCAGGAGACUUUUUACCCCGCAUGGGCAUUGGCAUUAGUUAUCUAUCAUGUCAUGUCUGUAGUGAGAAUACAGUAGGUACAGUACUAUUGAGAUUUAAUGCUACUUUUAUUAUUUUUUGAACAUAUUUGUGUUUUAAAAAGAGCAUUUUAUAGACAAUAGUGAGGGUGACAUUUUUGGAAACAUUUAAAACUGAAAAACUGUGGUGACCAAAUCAUUCAAUACAAAUUGUAAGUUAACCGUCGUUUGUAAUCAAACGUGAUCACAAAGGAGGUCCCCUCUAUGGCACAUACUCCUGUUGGUGGUUAAAUUGAACUAUAUCUAUUUUGAUUUGAAAACUGGCAUCCAAUUUAAUGUGGAUGAAAUUUAUAGGUCUAUUAAUAGUCAAUGAUAUCUUUGACAGUGUGAUAGGAGCACAACUUGGGUUCAACAAUCAAUCGCCAGUUAUGUAUGAUAUCAAAGAGAAAAGAAAUGUUUAUUAUUAAAUUUUGGUGUAAAUCAAUGUUACAAAUUUAAUUAGAUUUGAAAUCACAAUUGACUGUGGCUUAUACUCCACCAGAUUAGUGCAAGGUCGCAGAGUGUACGAUUGUUGCUAAAGGGACCCUUACUGUUUAAGACCUACACGAUUCAAGAUCUUUAUUUGUCAUUAAGUAACAAGUAUAAAAUUAGACAGCUGUUUACGAAUGCCUACUCUGAAUUUUCAACAGGUUUGUACUUUGAUGUACUACAAUUAAGGGUUGUCAUUUUGUCAUUAUUAAAUUCAUAGGUUGAAUCUAUGUCAUAAGUCUAGUCAUUUUUCAUUUUUAUAUCAGGUUUUGAUUUGAAUACUAGGACAAUUCUGUAAUGAGCACUAUGACAACUAACAAUCAACACUUAUUAGUUGAAAUUAUUCUGAUUGUUUGUAAAGAACAGGCAAUACUGUGAUAAGCUUACAAUUAUUAGUUAAAAAGAUUCUUAACGGGUGCUAUAAGAAAGAAUUUUAUUGUGACAAUGUCUGAUUAAUUCUUUAUGAAAAAACAAUAAGUGUUAACAUAAUUUGUUCACACCUAGAUUUAAAAUUAUAAGUCUAAAAAUCUCUUUUCUUGCAAUACAGCCUCCUUUUUUGUCGAGUACUCUUAUUUGUACACGAUACAUUGAAGCAACAUCAAGACAUGGAAAGUAAAUUGUUAUUGCCAGUAUUGAAGGCUUAGAGAUAUGGACAAUUUUCUGGCUCUUUUUACCAACGACUUUAUAGCUUGAUGUCAACGUUCCGUUUGAAAUCAGAAUAAGUUAUACUUUAUGUAAUAAGUUUUAUGUAAAUAAGUAUUUUGUGUAUUUCUCUUGUGGGUGCUCAGCCUUGAGUUAAAAUAUGUAUUGGUGGUAAGUUACUUAUGAGCACUACAAAAUUUGCACAUACCCUAAUAAUUAUAGGAGGAGGGUUGAUGGUGUUCUUUUUUAACAAAUAAAAGAUGUUUAUUUUUUUAA